CAGCUCCUCCUAGAGAUCGAGCAGAAAGCCGCCUUCGCAUCCCAGCAACUCCAGAUCGUCCGCGGGCAAAUCACCUCGAAGAACCGUGAAAGCCGAUUGUUGCAAUUGAGCGCAGUGGAAUUGGAUACUCUACCCAAGGAAACUCCAGUAUAUGAUGGAGUGGGAAAGAUGUUUGUGCUUACGACGACUGAAGAUGUGAAGAAGCGUCAGGCGAAAGAGGCUGCAGAUGUCAAGACGGAGAUUGCGAAUCUGGAAAAGAAGUUGAACUACUUGGACACGACGUACAAGAACACGCAGACGCACAUGAACGCCAUAUUGCAAAGGGGUGGCUGA